AUGAAUACCGCUACCACUUUUUUAGCUUGUAAAAAAGGGAACACUCCUUUUUUGUUUCUAGGUAUUUUGGUGGGAGCAAACCCAAGAAGUAGAAAGGUGUGGGAUAAGGUGAUUAAUAACAUCAAGAGUAGGCUUUCUUCUUGGAAGGGUAGAAACAUAUCUAUUGGUGGUAGAGUGACGCUUAUCAAUGCGGUUCUUAAUGCGGUGCCGUCUUUCACGCUCUCUUUUUACAAGGCGCUGGGGAUGAUUAUAAAAGAGAUUAGAAGUCUUCUUAGCAAUUUCUUAUGGAGCAGCAAUGCGAACAAGAGAAGCAUUCAUUGGAUGAAGUGGGAAACGGUUUGCAAGCCUAGAGAGAAAGGAGGUCUAGGAGUGAGGGAUGUGGGGGAAAUAAACAAAGCUCUCCUUCUCAAGUGGAAGUGGAGGAUUCUUAAGGAGGAUUUUGCUAUUUGGAGCGGUUUUUUGAAGUUGAGAUAUCAUGAACCAAAAAUUAAGGUUCUAGCUUCUUACGGGCAAGCGUCUAAUUCGAAGGAGUCUAAGUGGUGGAAGGAUGUCAUUCUAACGAUGUCAAAAAGGAUUGUCGAGACGAAGGAUUCACGGGGUGUGUUAAAUGUAUUGCUGGAGAAGGCAAUUGUGUGCCUUUUUGGUUUGCUUCUUGUGCAUGGGAGUCGAGCCAUGUGGUAUGGAAUUCCGCUGGCAUCAUGGGUGACAGCUGACGUUCUUCUUCUUGGUGCUAACAGCGCCAUUCAAGCACAAUGGAGGCAGCUCUGGUCUUUGCUGCAAUCGGCCAGCAUGGUUAGAGAUGGUAUUGAUGAGUUCCUGUGGUGUCCCAACGUUGAUGGCAGUUUCUCAGUGGCAAGUGCUUCAUCUAUCAUCUCAGAUUUUAAAGAAGUGGCUUGGAUGCCUUUUAAGGUGGCUCUAUUGAAAGUGGUUUGGAAGUCCCCGGCUCCGCUGAAAAUACAAUUUUUCACUUAG